AUGGAUCAAUUGAACAACCGAGAACAGCAGGAGUUCCAGCAGCUCGUCGAGCAGAAGCAGAUGAAGGAUUUCAUGCGACUCUACUCCUCUCUCGUCCAGCGAUGCUUCACUGACUGUGUCAACGACUUCACCUCCAAGGCUCUGUCUUCCCGAGAAGAGUCUUGUCUCGAGAAGUGCUCCGAGAAGUUCCUCAAGCACUCUGAACGAGUCGGCCAGAGAUUCCAGGAACAGAACGCUGCUCUUAUGCAGAAGAGAUAA